GCCUUGAACUUAUCAAAAGAAAAAGUAGCGGUACUGACUAUGUAUUAUUUUUUUAUUAUUACAUUAUCAAUUCAGUAUACUAACCUCGUGUUGCAAGCAAACAUCAUCAGAAAAUUAAAUCAAAUAAUAAAAUGGAAGAGGCCCAAAUAUACGAAUAUGAAUUAAUACCUGGAUUUAGGGCAUCCAGCAAAUUAUUAUACAUAAAAGAUGAAGAACAAAUAUUUAAAUAUAGAUAUAGCAGAAAUAGUAUUAAAUAUUAUUAUUGCUAUGAAAAAAACUGUAACGUUGGUGUUGCGGUGGACUUAAAUAACACAAUAUAUUGCCGAAAAAGUGGAAAAUUCCAAACUCAUAAUCAUGGACCACAAGGUGAACUUUUUAGAAAAUUGGAAGUUAUCAAUGCAAUUAAAUGUAAAGUUCAAAAUGCGCCAAUUAAAAGAUUAAGUGUACGUGAUAUAUUUGACCAACAAUGUAAAAAAUUUAAAGAAGCUUCCAAAACAAUAGAAUAUGGAAGAAUGCGCAGACAACUAUUCAAUAUAAAAAAAAAAAAUUUCCUAAAUCUCCAAUGACUUUUAGUAACAUCAUUGAAGUAUUUAAAAAUGAAGAAGUUGUUCAAAAAUUUGCCAUGUCCAGAUAUAACAGUGAAGAAAAAUUUUAUACUGAUACAAUAAUUACUGAGAAUUUCUCAUACACUCUUUUCGUUUCGCCAACAAUUUCAAAAACUAUACAAUCAAUGAGCAGCACGUCUGAGCCACGUAAUUACGUAAUGGAUGCAACUUUUAAUGUGGUUCCAACAUCGAAGGAUUUUAAGCAAUUGCUCAUUAUUCAUUUCGUUCACUGCGAACAUACGUUUCCAUUUAUAUAUGUUUUGAUGUCCAAGAAAUCAGAAGAAGCAUAUACGCACAUGUUGCAUUAUUUAAAGUCCAAUAUAUUAGAUUUGCAACCAAACAGAGUUAUAACUGAUUAUGAAAAUGGGCUUCGAAAUGCUAUUAAAAAGUUGUACCCAACAGUAAAACUCGUUGGUUGUUGGUUUCAUUACACACAAGCAUUGCGGCGAAAGGCUUUGAAAAUUCCUGGAUUUAUAAAUGAGUUAAAUAAGAAUAAUCAGGCUAAAGUUUUCUUUAAUAAAUUCUUAUAUUUGCCAUUGUUAAAACCAAACGAUAUAACAGCAGCAUACCAAAUUUUGAAAGCAGAUGCAAUGGAUGUAAAAUAUAUUAAAGGAAAGAUGACAGAAAGCUAUUUUCAACCUUUCAUCAAAUAUUUUGAUUCUUACUGGAUGAAAAAGGAAAAAGUAACGAACUUCUCUGUGUACAAAGAACCGAUCCGAACAAGCAACGCCGCAGAAGGCUUUCAUAGGCAGCUUAAUAUGCAGCUUCCAAAACAUGGCAAUUUUUAUAGAUUUCUUGACUGUUUAUGCGAUUUAGAUGCGGUUAAGUCAAGUGAUUUUUUAAAAUCCAUUUCCGGAUGCAUAUCUUUAUACACAAAGAGUAACACUUACCUUGAAAAGCGAAACAAAUUUAUACAGAAGCAAUAUCAGCUACUGAGGGAGAAGAAAAUAACACUGAAUACUUUACUCGGACAGUUCUCUAAAAUGAAGAACUGUAUGAUUGAGGAAAGUUUCAUUAAUACAAUUGACAGCGAUGACGACGAAUCAGAUACAAAUAGCAGUGGAGAAGACAGCACUGACACAAUAGAAAAAGAACAACAAUAUCUUACGUGUAUUAUUUGUUGUGAAAGGGAAAGGCAAAUACUGUUUGAUCCAUGCAAACAUUUCAAACUUUGUCAACCAUGUUACCAACAACUGAAAGAAAGUGCUAAGCAAAAAGGAACACAAACAUUGUGUCCAAUUUGUCGUGCCAUUAUCAAGAAUGGUACAUUUAUAUAUUAUUAAUUAU